CCCCCACUUUUCCCCCACCACGCGUUACUAAGUGAUAGCGCAAGUCAGAAUCUGGCACCACCGGCACCACUGGGCACCACUACCCACCACUACCACUGGAUCGACCACGAACCACGAAGGCACGACCCACAACUCGCAUGACAUGACCAGACAUGACGACAUAUGAAAGCGUGACGUGAUGUGAUCCUUAGUGAUCCAUAAGUAGAGCCAGGUAGAGCAUGUCGUACUAGUCGCACACAACACGUCGCGAGGAAGCGGAUGAUGUCGUCGCGCGAGGGUAACGUUUUGCGCAGCUGUCUGUAAGAUCGCCGAGAUAUCAUCGAUAAUUCGCCACCAUCGAUAGCGGCCACGGUGUCCGCCGCGUCGUCAUCCCAGCCGCAUCAACGCUGGGCUGGAAGGAAAGGAUGGAGGCGGACUAUCAGCCGACGCUAAGUCCAUCACGGACGUUGACAGGAAUGGGCAACGACUGUGAAGAUCCAUAUCCUAGCCUGUCAGAUUAUCACGAUUACGAACCAAAUCUGGAAUUUGACGAUACAGAAUUGCAAACUACUUCAAAUAAUGCGGCAAGACUUCUGGAAGGAAAAUUGGAUUUGGUAAGCGGUAGCAUAGGUGCUGGAAUGGAUUAUUUGGAAAGCCCAGUGAGUGACGGCACAAUUGAGGAGAACUUUGAGGAAGCUUUGGUAGAUGCUCCAGUUAUUGAAUCUGCGGACGAUCUGGCUGCUUUAGAUGGAGAGCUCGCCGAUGAGGAAGAUUAUCUUGACAUAUCCAGACAUGGUAUCGUAGAGGUAGUCGGCGACGAUAGUGCCGGUCGCAAAAUAAUUGUUGUGUCAGCUUGCAAAUUGCCCCCCAUUGGAAAAGAGACCUUUAAUCAUGCUAAACUCCUCAGAUAUCUUACGCAUACUUUGGAUAUGUUCGUGGAACAAGAUUAUAGUCUCGUCUACUUUCAUUAUGGCCUUACGUCGAAAAAUAAGCCACCUUUAUCUUGGUUGUGGCAAGCGUAUAAGGCGUUUGAUAGAAAAUAUAAGAAGAAUCUCAAAGCUCUUUAUCUAGUACAUCCAACUAAUUUUAUUAGGAUUGUGUGGCAAAUAUUUAAACCAGCUAUUAGUGUAAAAUUCGGACGGAAAAUGAUGUAUGUUAAUUAUCUAGAGGAAUUGGCACAAUACGUUAACCUGGAUCAACUAAUUAUACCACCUCAAGUGAUAGAACACAAUGAACAACUGAUGAUGAAAAAUAAGAAAAAUUUACCGGCGAGUCCACCACAAAGCGCGGUAGUUACGCCAGUUGGCACGACUCAGUUCGGUGCUAAUCUGCAAUUCAUAAAAGAAAAUAAUAAUGGCGAUUCAAUACCACCGAUUCUAAGACAGUGUGUAGAAUUUCUCGAUACACCUGACGCUCUAGAGACAGAAGGGAUAUUCAGAAGAUCGGCUAACGUAGCAGUAAUCAAAGAACUUCAAAAUCGCUGUAAUCAAGGUUUACCCAUCGAUUUCCAAGGAGAUCCCCAUAUCGCCGCGGUUUUACUCAAGACUUUUCUCCGUGAAUUAGACGAGCCUCUUAUGACUUACGAAUUGUACGACGAAAUCACGCAAUUCCAAACAUUAUCAAAAGACGAACGUCCGCGUAAAGUUAAGAUAUUAAUAUUGGAGAAACUCCCUGAAGACAACUAUCAAGUUCUUAAAUACAUCGUACAAUUUUUAUCGAGGGUAAUGGAUCGAUGCGACUUGAAUAAGAUGACUUCUAGUAAUCUCGCGGUCGUAUUUGGGCCGAAUCUAGUUAGAGCACCGCCAGCAUGUGGAAUGUCCCUCUCUGCGAUAGGACCCAUCAAUCAAUUUAUAGACUUUUUAUUCACCUAUCAAGAUAAGAUAUUUAUUAUUUAAAGGCGACAGCACCGAAGGCCUAAUUGUAACAUUCAACUAACUACACGUCCACAUUUUCAUUUGCCGAAAUAUUUUUAUAUUCUACGUGAUAGAGAAAGAGAGGAAAAUAGAAGGAAACACUAAAUUGUUCAUUUACACAAUUGUGAUUUUGCACAAGAGUUUUUAAUAUGAAUAGGUAUAAUAAUUUUCGGACGAAAGAGUAAAACGUUCGAAUUGAUGUCAGCAGGGCUAUUCCGUAACUCUUGACACAAGUUUCAUUAUCGUUAUAACGUCGUUGCGCAGC